AUUAAAAUCACAGAAGAAGACGAAGAAGAAAAUAAGGGCGUUCAUUUUUUAAACAGUCGCGGUACACCAACAACAAAUCCUCCCUGGAGGCGGUUGAUAAGGAAACAGCGAUAACAAACAGGUGCUUACGUGAAUGAUGCAGGGAUCUGCUCAGAUGAGACGGCGAGCGGCUCAGGACUUCGAGGCCUGCUACGAGUCCUUGUGUGCCACUCAGGGCUCUGCUCCUGUAGCUGCCGUGAGGUUGGGUCUGAGCCAAGGAGUGCUGGACUUUAACGGAGAUGCCAUCAGUUUCCCAGACUGGGCACCUAUACUGUCAGCAUUAGCCAUCAACAAACAGCUGCACCAUGUUGGUGUCAGAAGUUGCUACCUCGCUAAUCUGGGCUCUCAGGGUUCCUAUAAGACCUCCAUUAGGAAGAAGAUUCCUGUUAUCCAUUCAAAGAGCAUGACGUUUCAGCUUUGCAAAGCUGUGCAGAAAUGCCUGGGUGUUUCACACAGCCUUAAAACGCUGCACCUGCACGGGCUGCCUCUGAGAGAGAGAGACCUCGACACACUCACUAAGGGUUUGUCCAAGAGUGUGUCACUGGAGCAUUUGUCUUUGGCACACUGUCCCAUUGCAGACGAUGGACUAGAGACUAUCUGUCAGAGUGUGAAAUAUUCAACAACUAUUAAAACGGUGGAUUUCACUGCCUGUAAUAUUACGUGGCAAGGUGCAGAGCAUAUGGCAAACAUUAUAAAGAACCAGGCAGUGAGGCGACACAGCACAGCGUGGGCAGAGACUUUGCGGUACAGGAAGGCGGAGUUUGAGACGAUGGGGGGGCUUCGCAGGAUCACAUUUAACGAAAACAUUCUAAUCAGUGACAGAGGAGUGGCAUCCCUUGCUCAGGAGCUCACAGAGGACCUGUGGGUCAAAGCAGUGGAUCUGCAGCGGUGUGGCAUCUCUAAUGAUGGAGCUCGUGUUCUGGAGAAAAUGCUCCAGUCCAACACCACUCUGUGUGUACUGGACAUCCGGAGGAACCCCCUAGUGGAUAAUGAGCUGGUGAAGUCUGUGAUUAAGAAAGUGCUUAUGAACAAUAAAGGCCAGGACUCACAGUAUUUAUGGUUGAAGCCUCCAGCUAAAGAUGCAAAUGACUCGGGACAAGCGACCAGGAGAAGCACAGGAAGAGCUACCUACAGAAUCGUUAAAGGCUCACGGCGGGGAGCUUCAGCACAGUGUGGAGGGAGGCCUCCUCGACCUGGCAGUACUGGCUAUAUCCCAUGGCGCACUGCAGCACGGGCCAAACUUCAGAGGGGUCUCCCUCAGAGUGCCACAACAGCAGAUCGGACCUUUCAGCGUGCCUCCUCCAUUCGAGUCACAUUAGAGUCAGAGAGCGAGUCGGAGUCUGAGGAAAAUGAAAGUGUGUCGCUAAGUGUGCGUGCACAGAGUGCUCGUGAGAACAUUGGCAGCAGUCAGUUCAGACGUCUGCAGGCAGAUUACAGGAGUCUGCAGGAGCAGCUGGAGGAAUGCAAGCUCAGGCUCACCGAGGAGAGAAACGCAAGACUGAAAGCCACUUCUCGCAUUGUCGAGCUGGAGUUAGAGAACAGUCGCCUACGCAGUGUGAAUCAGUCUCUGUCAGAAGCUCACGUCAGUCACUCUGUCUUGGAGGACGAACAAGUGCUGGACAGCAUUGAGGCUUCCUUUCACAAAUUCCAUUCCUUCCUUGACCUGCUUAAAGACGCAGGCCUGGGUCAGUUGGCAUCCAUGGCCGGCAUUGAGCAGUCAGACUUCGGGCUUCUGAAUCAUCCUCAGCUCUCUUCUACACAGCGAAGAGGACAUGGAGACCAGACCAGCGAGCACAGGAAAGACAGCAUGGCUAUAACAAACAACCUUCAAAAAACAUCAAGACUUCAAUCCACUACAUCCUCCUCUGCAGCUUCUGUGGUCUCCAAGACCUCUCGUCAUCUCCAGUCCCCACGGGAGGUGAUCCUCACUCCAGCUCCGCUCCACUCCAACCCCUCACCUUCUCCUCUGGACCAUCCCGAGUCUCUUCACCCACAGCAGACUGUCUCUCCAACCCAUUUAAACUCAAACAGGGGGUCUGGCUCUGAUAAACCCGGAGGCAGCCGGGGCUCAAAAUCAGGCAGUUCAGCCAGCAGUGUCCAUCUUAGUGCUCACAGUAAACUCUCCUAUUCUUACAGAGAGGACUUCUCAGAGGGGAAGCUCUCUCCAGCUCUGAGCUCCAGAUCUUCCAGCGUGUCUCAGUUUGGUUCUGAGAGACUCAGUGUCUCUGAGGGCCAGAGGAAUGCUGUUGGACUGGCUGGUCUCUAGAUACAGAUCACGGUUUUAAUGUUUAGUGCCAACACUUGAAAUGUUUACAUGAUAGAUUGUACCAUUUAUAAUAACCUCAGUACUCUGAAAUAUAGAGUGGAUGUCGGAGAUGGUGUGAGAUAAUGAAAGAGAAAAGCGAUGCUGAGGAAUAUAUAUUAAUAGUUUUUGCAUUAUAAAUUUUAGAGCUAAACAUUGAUUACAGUUUUUACUGGAAUUGGUUUUUACUGAAGUUUGUUUUUAGUGUUUCUGAAUUUGUGAAAACUGAAUAUUGCUGAUAAUUGAGAUAGCGCCCUACUCCUUAUUCCCUACAAACCAAUAAGUGCAUUGUGGGUAUUCUGUACCUGCUAGAGUUGUAAUCAUUUGGCACUAACCUUCUGCUGUGCAUUGCUGGAUUUCAUGACUGUUCAAGUUAAUUUCCACUAUGCUUCUGGACAUUUUAUGUAGCUAAAGAAAUUAUGCCAAUGUUUUAUAGUGCCUAGCUCCAAAAUUAUUGAAUGUAUGAAUGAAUGGAAAUGAAUUUUUUGAUGUUGUUUUCAGUUGUGCUGUUGAGAUGCUCGUAGAGUGUCCACUGGAAGCCAUUUAUAACUUGCAGGGUUUUAAGACACAGGGUUUUGUUUUAUAGCUGUAUAUUUAUUGUGAUUCUUUUUGUUAAUACUAGAGUUGAUUGUUUCAAAUGGCAGUCUUGGAUAUGCGUAAAAUUACUGUUUACAAAUUGCUGUGACCCGCCUGAUGUCUGCAUUUGUAUCAGAAUAAAUGUGCUACCAAGUCAUGUA